AUGGAAAAUGGCAAUGGCAUCGCUGAGCAUGCCAAGGUAGGUGAAAACAAUGGUGCCACAAGUGAAGUAGUAGAGCAACCUGUGAAUGAAGAUGUGACCUUGAGUUUGGAUGCAUCAAAGGAACCUGAUGGGGAUGAAGUAUUCGAAGAGGCUGCUGAGGCGGACCCCACAGCUGUUCGCCAGGAAAAUUCCCCUAAGGCAGAUGGAAAUACUGAAUUAAGUGGCACCUUGAAGGAGAAUAAUAAGGAUGAUUCAGAUUUAGUUCAUGAAGUUCAUGAGGUUAAAGAUGUGACUGGGGCUCCCGAUGCGAUUCAUAGUUCGGAGGAUGCUGUGGUCAAACCUGAAAUUUUGAAGGGUGAGGAAAAUCACGGUGAGAAAGAAUUUGGAGUGGAUGUAACAAAUGGGUUCACGGGUGAUGGUAUUGCCGAUAGCAAUGAUAGUGCUAAAGAGGAUGUGAGAAAUGAAUAUAGUGGAAUUGUUGAUUCACCUGGCACUACUGGUGAAACCGAGAACGAAGAGAAUUCGGAUGGUUCAAAUGAGAAUUCUGUGGUCAACAUAUCAGGUAAGAAAAGCUUUCUUGAAGCUUUGACUUCUGGCGGUGCAAAAAGUUCGGACACAGAGAGUGUAGGAGAGCCAAUUGUCGAGAAGCUAAGGUAUCUGGAAACUAAUGAGUCGAGUAGACCGGAGACCGACUCAGAGAAGCUUGAUGUUGAAACAUAUUAUCAUGAGUUGGUAGAAGCUCAAGAUACCAAUAUCGUAGAAGGUGUUGAUAUUGGUUCAGUUAUUCCUGAAAAUGGUUCGUUGGACCAUGUGAACUUGUCUUCGAGCUAUUCGAAUCAUGAGCACAUAACGGAUGCAGAUGCUGCUGCUAAUGUUUUGAAAGAACAGAAUCAUGAGACAUCACAAGGAAUUGGAGAUGGCCGUAGUGUGAAAGAAACUGGAGCUGACCUUCAGUCAGAGUCCGACUCAAAUGGGGAUGCUCUGCAUAAGAAUGGCUUGAAUGCUAUAUCCAGUACUGUGUACGAGCAGGACAUGUGUGACAACAAAUCAGCUAAUCUGCAAUCUGAACUCAAAGAGGAUCAAGUUGAUGAGCAGGUGGAGAGGCCACAUGUCCCUCAUGCGAAUACCAGUGAUGAUAGCACUGAACCAAAAAAACUAGAUUCAGAAUCUGCAGAAGUUGAAAAGGCUGAUGGUCAAGAUGUCGACCAUGAGCAAAACCAUGGUACAUCAGCACCCAAUGUUUCUGUUUCUAAUCAUGCUAAGGAAAGUUUGGGACUCGACACUAACUCGCAUCCUGCCCUUGACAAUAGGACACCGAACGUGGAGCAAAUAGAAGCUGAGCCUCCGUUAAGCUCGUCUGGACUGUCAUCAAAGAAUUUUGGGUCUUCGCAACCCGAGCUUAUCAGCACUAGUAAUGAAAUAUCGGCAAACACCAUUGAAGGAAAAAUACAGGAAGGUGAAGGUGCGGAAGGUGAGAGGAAGGAAGUCAAGUUGUCUGGGAAUAAGGAAAAAGAAGCCACACUUGUUACUGGUGGUAUCUCAUCCAUUUCGGACCUUAAUAAUGUUUCUAUGAAAGAGAAAAGGCAGAGAGGCUCAAGAGCUAAUCCGUGA